UCUCCGUUUCCGUUCAUUACUUGUUCUUCUUAAACGCUAUCAACUCAACGACACAAUAUUCAUACAUAAACACAGACACACACAAAAGAAGAUGACGAAAUCAAGACCUUCUUCUCCCUUACAAUCUCAGCACUCUAUUUCUCCUCCUUUUACACCUCCUCGUAAUUUCUCCGAAACAAUAAUGGAGGAAAACAUUGAUUACGCUGAAAUGAUAGUCACCAAAUGGGAUUUGGAUGGUCCAACAUACCGAAAAAUGUCCACUCUCUUUGGUGAUGAUAGAAAGGAAGCCGAAAGAUUUAUCGAAGGGGUGACUGGCUUGAGAAACGCCAUGCACUUCUACGUAAAGAUAAAUUCGAGCUCUGAAAAACUCAUCAGAGCGCAAAGAUUGAUGCAAGUUGCAAUGAAGAGGUUGGAAAAGGAGUUUUAUUCUAUUUUGUCUUCAAACAGAAAUGUUCUUGAUGCUGAAUCUGUCUCGGCCCGGAACUCGAGAGGUUCGACCAGGUCCAGUCUUUCAGAUUUCUUGGAAGAUGAAAUUGAAGGUGAUGAAAUUAUUGAAGAUGGGAAUUCUGUAUCUGAAGCUGAUAAAGCUUCUUCUUUGGCUAUUGCGGAUUUGAGGAGCAUAGCGGAUUGUAUGAUUGGAUCUGGGUAUGGAAAAGAAUGUGUUAGAAUUUACGAUUUAAUCAGAAAAUCGAUGAUUGAUGAGAGUUUGUACAAUUUGGGAGUUGAAAAGAUGAACACUUCUCAAAUUCAGAAAUUGGAUUGGAAUGUUCUUGAAGCGAAAAUCAAAAGUUGGUUACACGCCGUGAAAAGUGCUGUAAAAAAUCUGUUUUACGGCGAGAGAAUUCUAUGUGAUUCAGUAUUUUCUUCUUCAGAAAAAAUUGCAGAAUCGUGUUUUGCAGAAAUCUCGAGAGAUGCUGCAAUUAAUUUAUUUGGAUUCCCAGAAAAUUUCGCCAAAUCGAAGAAAAUAUUAUCACCAGAGAAAAUGUUUCGCGCACUUGAUCUCUACGAAGCAAUCUCAGAUCUUUGGCCCGAGAUAGAAAUUAUUUUCUCUUACGACUCACUGUCGGCAGUGAAAGCUCAGGCGGUGGCUUCACUCGUGAAACUUGGUGAGUCAAUACGAGUUAUGCUCACUCAGUUCGAGUUAGCCAUUCAGAAGGACUCCUCCAAAACGCCUUCAACCGGCGGCGUUCAUCCCUUAACUCGUUACGUUAUGAAUUAUUUGGUUUUCCUCGGAGAUUACAGCGGCGCGGUGUCGGACAUAUUGGCGGACUGGCCAUUGAACGCUCAAACUCCGCUGCCAGAAUCUUAUUUCUCGAGUCCCAUUUCCAAUGGCGCCGUGGAAGAUACUUCAUCCUCCGUCACCGUCCGCCUGGCGUGGCUGAUUUUAGUCCUGUUAUGCAAGCUCGAUGGCAAGGCCACACUAUACAAUGACGUGGCUUUAUCUUAUCUGUUUUUGGCAAACAACUUAAACUAUGUCGUUUCCAAAGUCCGGAACUCGAGUCUGAGGCUCCUGAUGGGAUACGAAUGGAUUUCGAAGCACCAGUCAAAGGUCAAACAAUAUGCCGGUAACUACGAAAGGACGGGUUGGAUUAAAGUACUAACGUCAUUGCCCGAAAAUCCAACGGCUGAGUUUUCUCCACAGGAAGUGAAAGAAAUUUUUUCUCUAUUUAAUUCGGGUUUCGAAGAGACUUACAGAAAACAAAGCGGGUGGCUUAUACCCGAUCGGAAGCUCGGAGAAGAAAUCAAAAUUUCUUUAGCUAAAAAAAUAGUUCCGGGUUAUCGGGUCUUGUACGAGAAGCACAGGGGGAUGUUCCGGAGGGAGAUUGGGGUGGAAUCAAUUGUUAGAUAUGCCCCUGAAGAUUUGAAUAAUUACCUGUCGGAUUUAUUUUUUGGAACUGAGGUUUCAGAAAGUACAAAAACGUGGUCGUAUGGAACAUUAUCGGAGUCAUCUCCGUCAUCCCACGGUCGUUGAAAGAGUUACAUGAGCCUCCGAAUGGCCGGCCAUGCAUAUAUUCCAUGUGAAAAAAUAUUUGUGAACAUAAUAAUUAAAUGUAAUUUGACCUCUAUUAGAGACGUUAUUUUUUAAAUACUUGUACAAUUCAAAUUAGUAACAUUUGAAAUUCUUUGAUUCGUUUGAAUAAAAUGGAGUUUAUUUUUUGUUCA